AUGUUUGAAAAAAAUUUAACUGAUUUAAUUCGUGGAAUAAGAGCGAAUAAGAAACAUGAACAAAAAUACAUUGCAACCUGUUUACAAGAAAUACAUCAAGAAGUUAAAUGUAAUGAUCCUGAUGUGAAAGCAAUGGCUAUUUCAAAAUUAACCUAUCUUCAAAUGUUGGGCUAUGACAUGUCUUGGGCAUCUUUUCAUGUUGUUGAGGUAAUGUCUUCACCAAAAUUUACACAAAAAAGAACAGGAUAUUUAGCAGCUGCACAAUCUUUUCGUCAAGACACCGAUGUAUUAAUGUUGACAACUAAUUUAUUGAAAAAAGAUUUAGCCUCUGGAAAUCAUCUUGAAGUUGGUGUAGCUCUUAAUGGACUCUCACAUUUAGUAACUCCAGAUCUUGCACGUGAUCUAUGUCAAGACUUGGUUUCUAUGCUUAACCAUUCUAGGCCUUAUAUUAGAAAAAAAGUAGUUCUUGUGCUUUAUAAAAUUUUCCUGAGAUUUCCUGAGGCAUUGAGAAUUAGUUUUCCAAGAUUAAAAGAAAAAUUGGAUGAUCCUGAUCCAUCUGUUGUGUGUGCUGUUGUUAAUGUGAUUUGUGAACUAGCAAGAAAAAAUCCUAAAAAUUAUUUAUCACUAGCACCUCAACUAUUCAGAUUAUUAAGCUCAUCGCAGAAUAAUUGGAUGCUAAUUAAAAUUAUUAAGCUGUUUGGCGCAUUGACACCACUUGAACCAAGACUUGCUAAGAAACUUUUGUCCCCAAUAACAAUUCAAAUACAAACAACAUCUGCUAUGUCAUUACUAUAUGAAUGCAUUCAUACAGCAAUUACUGGUGGAAUGUUAAAUUUAGCCGGCACUAAUUCAGAUUCUCUGGCCGCUAUGUGUGUAUCUAAAUUGAUAACAUUUCUAGAAGAUGCUGAUCAAAAUUUGAAAUAUGUUGGGCUUUUGGCAUUGGCUAAAAUUCUUCCAACUCAUACAAGGCUUGUUUCUGAACAUCGAGAUAUUAUUUUAAAAUUGAUUGAUGAUCCCGAUAUUAGUAUACGAUUGAGAGCUUUGGAUUUGGUUGUUGGAAUGGUUAACAAAAGAAAUCUUACAGAUAUUGUUAAAAGAUUAAUGUCACAUCUUUUACCGCCAAAUAACAACAAUUCCUCAAUUUUAAAUCUUCAUUCAUCUCCUACUACAUUACUUGAGCCUGCUUAUCGAGCUGAUAUUAUAACUCGUAUUAUUUACAUAUGUUCACAAAACUCUUAUAGUAAUAUUACAAGUUUUGAAUGGUAUAUUGCAGUCUUAAUAGAUAUUACAAAAAUAGCUGGAGUAAAAGUUGGAGAUAUGUUGACAUUACAAAUGAUGGAUAUUGGUGUUCGCGUUAAAAGUUCUAGGGAUUAUUGCGUAAAAGCAAUGCAAAAUUUAUUGUCAGAUUCAAAAAUGAUAGAAAAUUGUAAAUUACCUGAUUCAAAUUCCGAAGUACUUUAUGCAGCAGCAUGGAUUGUUGGUGAAUAUAGCAGUUAUUUAGAAAAUCCACAAGAAACUAUAAAACAUCUUAUUCAACCUGGUGUUACUAAACUUCCACAUAAUGUUCAGGCUGUCUAUGUUCAUGCAAUAUUGAAGAUUUAUUCAUAUUGGUCCAAUAAUUUAAUUUAUAAUUGGAAUGAGACUACAAAGAGUGAAUUGAUCGAGUUUACUACUUUUUUAAAAGAGAAAACAGGGGUGUUUUGUUCUUGCACUGAUUUAGAAGUUCAAGAAAGGGCAUACAACGUUCGAGAAAUAUUCUCUAUAAUUCAUCAACAAUUGAUGACAACUGAGGAUUACUCAACUGAGCAAACAAAUAUCUAUUCUUUUGAAAAUAAAGCACCAAGUGUCAUAACGGAACUUUCCGAACUUUUUUUUUCGUAUGAACUUAACCCUGUAGCUCCUAAAGCCCAAAAGAAAGUUCCUAUACCCGAGGGACUUGAUUUAGAUACUUGGAUUAAUGAACCAUUGCCAGACACAGACAGUGAUUCAAGUGAAGAGCAAUUGGAGGAAAGUUAUGGGCAUGGUUAUGGUCAAAAGCUUGGUGGAAGUGGUGACUUGAUAUUUUCGAGCGGAAAUGAUACAGCUUUUGGUAGAAGAAGACGUCGUAAGGAGCGUAAAGAAAGAAAUAAAAAUGAUCCAUACUAUAUUGAAGUUGAUAAUGUUGGUUCAAUAAAAAAAUCAAAAUCAAAUACAUUAACAUCAUCUCAUAGUAAGAGUGAAAAUAUUGACGUGGAUUUAAUACCUGUAGUACGUUUGACAAUGGAUGAAUUUGAUUUUAAAUCAAUACCUAAAAAGUCCAAAUCCAAGAAAACCAAAAAAGGAAAUAAAAAAGAUCAAAAUCGAUCGACAACAUCACUAUCAACGUCACAAAAAAAACCACAAACAUCAGCAUCACUAACCACAACACCGGUUGUUAUCUACACAGAUAUUGGUGAAAUGCCAGAAAAUGCGACCAUUUCAGAUGAUGAAAAAGAUACUACUAAAGAAAUAUUUGAACAAAAAAUCUGGAACAACAGUAAAAGUAUCAAAGCUGGUGGAAUAUUGGAUGUAGAUUUUUCUGGUAUAGCAAACGUAGAUUUAUCUACUCCGUUGGGCGAAGACGAAAAAUUACCACAAAUAACUGUUUACGCUAGCCCUGAAGAAUCAAGGAUCAAAGAGGUUGAAAGAGUAAAAAAAUUAUUAGUAGAAAGACAAGCUAAAAUUUUAUCAGAAAAAUCGAGUAGUUCAAAGAAAUCAUCAAAAAUUGUGAAAUCUAAGACAAAACCUUCCACAAAAUCAACAAAUUCCAAAUCUCUUGAAAAAGCGGAAAAGGCUUCUAAAAAAACAUCAAAAAAAAAGGCGAAUAAAGAAUCAUCUGAAAAACCAAAGAAGAAGAAGAAGGAAGCCAUUACUACCACCACCACUACUAAAAAGAAAAAGAAAGAAACCCAUUCUGACAACCAAGAAUCUGAAAAGGUUUCCAAAUCUUCCAAAUUACCAAUUAAGACACAAUCCUAA